AGAUGAUAAUAAGGGAGUAUGAUUAUUCGCAUUAGCGUUCUUCCUCACCGGCGAUUUGGGGGCGACCUCCUGCGCCUCCCCCACAUCCACCGAGCCGGUUCUUCCUCACCGGCGAUUUGGCGGCGACCUCCUGCGCCCCCACAUCCACCGCGCGCUCGCGACCUCUCCCCGCCGUCACGCCGGACUCCGGCAUCCCCGCCGCGCCUCCUCGCCGAUUUCGCAUCGGCCCUCAACGUGCAAGAUCCCGUGCGCUGCGGCCAAGGUCAAGGUGUCAUGUAUCGUAGCAACGACAUGCAACAAGUUUGGAGAUCCCUAGAAGAGGUGGAAGAGCUGGUUAGCAAACAGAAGGCAAACCGCCACGAAAUGCUCAGUGACUGAUACAUCACAAUUGUGAAGGACGUCCAAGAGCAAUGCAGAUGCCUUUACUUCUGGCCCUCUGCGUCAAGAACAACUUUAUUUUUAAUUUGCUUUCUAAACUGUAAUGAAUUCUAGCUAUGUCAGUUGCAAUCUUUAGUUGUAAUUUUGGGAUAUGCUAUUUAAUUUUGGGAGUUGCAAUCUUCAGCUAGCACUAUUAUUGAAAACUGGAAGUAGGUUUUGCUUUGUUUCAAGCGUCUCUAUAGAGAUGGUUAAAUCUAUGCUGGUUUAAUUUUGGUA